AUGUCUUCCUUGAAUGACGACCUCCUGAAGAUCGCAAGCCCAAUUCGCGCACAUGCUUUAGCAACUUUCAACGUUACUGCUCAUCCAGAUGAGGUGCUUCAAAUUCCCUCACGUGAUGAAGGGCGAUUCAUUCGAAUUCAUGCCUACAACACGCUCAACAGGGAUACCCCGGCUCCAGUCCUGGUCAACUUCCAUGGCAGCGGAUUCAUGAAUCCUCUGCAUGGGAGUGACGAUGAAUUUUGUAAAUUCAUUGCUGACAAAACUGGAUACGUGGCUUUGGACUGCGCCUAUCGACUCGCACCGGAAGAUAAACUUCCUGCUGCGAUCCACGACGCUGAGGAUUCUGUUCGAUGGGUUCUUUCACACCCGCAAAAGUUCGAUGCCUUCCAGCUAUCUAUUUCUGGCUUCAGUGCCGGGGGAACCAUAGCUUUGAUUGUCAGCUCGGUCGUCUUUCCCCAAGGAACAUUCAGGAAUGUCGUCGCCGCCUAUCCACCAACGGACAUGGUCCAAAAUUCCGCAGAGAAGAUUGCCCGGGAUGCCUCAAAGGACAGUGCGCCUGUCGAACUCCUUGAUACAUUCAAGCAAUGCUAUUACCCCAACCCCGACGAUGUGAAGAGUGUUCUUGCUUCACCAGCUCUUAUACCUGUUGAAAAGUUCUCGGAUAGGAUUUUUCUCGUGACUGCGGCUUGUGAUCGCCUCUGUUCUGAAGGGAGGCGCUCGGAAUUAAGAUCAGAGGUGCGACGACCAAGUACUUCAAGAUACACCGGUAUGAUGAUUGUGAACACGCGUUUGAUAAAGCGUAUGAGAAAGGACCUGUGCAGGAAAGAGUGA